GGUCUCAUUGGCUUUUCUUAGUCGUCGUCACAGAAAAGAACGUUGGCGAUCUGCAAAACUUCAUUUUCAAUAGACUGCGUAUCCACCUUCUCCUUCUCCCUCUCCUACCCAACCAAACCUUCUCAUCGUUCGUCUUCGAAUCAGCCAUGGAGGAUGAGAUUGAACUGAAAACUGCUCCUGCCGAUUUCCGGUUCCCUACAACGAACCAGACAAGGCAUUGCUUCACCCGUUACAUUGAGUUCCACAGGUGCACAACUGCAAAGGGUGAGGACUCCAGUGACUGCGAGAGAUUCGCCAAAUACUACCGCGCUCUCUGCCCUGGAGAAUGGGUUGACAAGUGGAAUGAGCAGAGGGAGACUGGAACUUUCCCUGGUCCUCUCUGAUCCGAGCAAGAAGCUCUCUUUUAUCAUGUUUUGUUUGAGGCCAAAAAGUCGUCUGGAUGAUCAUUUUACUCCAACUCUUUCUUUUUUGUUAAUCUUUUUCUUUGUUUGAUCAAAUAAAAUAAACCGCAAGGCAUUCGUUUGGAUUAUAAUGAUUUGAGCGUGGACCUAAA